AUGCCUUUUACAACCCUCGCCAUCGUCUCCCUCUCUCUUUCCCUGCUUCCCUCAUCCGCCAAUGCACACAUCGCCGCCUUCGCCAAAGGCAUGUACUGCCAGAACGGUACCGACCCCGCCAGCCCAAACCUCAACUCCAACGCGCCCGUCAGCCCACUCUACCAGCUCUCCCAGACCGACUGGUGGUUUCAACACGACCGUGGUUGCGACGUCGUGCCGCCUCCCGAAGGAGAGUUCCUCGAGUUGCCCGCGGGUGGCGACUUCACGGUCCAACUGGCCACCAACCAAGCUUUUACGGAUCUGAGCUAUGGCGGAAAGCAGGUCACUGACUGGCCCGACGGCGGCCAGCAUCCAGAGGACUGGAAUGGCAACGUGCGGGAUCCGAGCGGUGAAGGGUGUAUUCCAGCCGAAGAGGGUGGUUAUAUGCACACGCAGAACGAGACCAUGGCACAGGGCACGGCGUUUGCUAUCGCGUACGAGUCGGAUCUGAGCAAGAUUCGGAUGGAGGAUCUCGUCGUCUUUACCGUGCUCGAACACACCCCCUGGAGAACCCGCGCCACCUACGCCGUCCCCGCCUCCCUCCCCGCCUGCCCCUCCGACGCCGGCUGCACCUGCGCCUGGCUCUGGGUCCCCCAAGGCUGCGGCCAGCCCAACAUGUACAUGCAGCCCUACCGCUGCCGUGUGGUCGCCACCGCUGCCUCCGCCUCGUCCGCUUCAAAGAAGCUCGCCAAAGCGCAACCACCGACCUACUGCGCCGACGACGAAACCAGGUGCGUCAGGGGAGCGAAGCAGAUGAUUGUUUUUAAUCAGCUGGAUGGGGAUAACACUGCGCUGCCGAGGGAGGAGGGGAGGGUGAGUCCGGCGUACAACAUGCGAAAUGGGUUUAGGACGGGGGCGCAGGACGAUAUCUUUGAGGAGGGCAUCUUCGAGGAGGGAGAGGGAGAGGCGAGUGGCGAUGGUGGGUGGCGGAACGAGACUGGCACGGUGGUUUGGUCGUUGACUACGACUGCUGCUGCGUCUGCCAGCCAAACUGCUCCGCAGACUACUACUGCUACUACUACUACUACUACUACUACUACUGGGCUGCUGGGACACGGUGGAGUGUCGGAGCAUGGUGAUGGAGACAUGAGUACAAGUAUGAGGAUCUUGCCUGUGACGCCACGCAGCAGUGUCGUUGGCACCAGCACCGGCGGCCGCACCGGCAACGGCACUGGCAUGGUUGGCGCUUCGUCUCCGACGACCGAUACCGCUACCACUGCUGCUACCACAACAACGGGUAGGGAAGCGCAGUUCUCGAUCCCCGAGCCGUUCCCGGAUCCGCCUGAGCAGCAGCAGCAGCAGCAACAGCAGGAGGAGGAGGAGGAGGAGGAGGGACAGAGCGCCGGUGUCGGUGCAGGAGCAGGAGCAGGCCGGGGCACAGAGGAAACAGGGACGGGGACGGGGACGGGAACGGAGGGGAAAUCGGAAUCGCCGCAGGUCAGCUACACGACGACGUUCACGGGCCGGGUCGGGCGGCCGACGAGGUUUACUUGCUAUGCUGAGGUGUGA